AUGGUCAACUCCUGUUGUGGCUCCGUCUGCUCUGACCAGGGCUGUGGUCAAGACCUCUUCCAGGAGACCUGCUACCAACCCAGCUGCUGCCAGACCACCUGCUGCAGGCCCACCUGCUGCCACCCCAGCUGCUGCAUCUCUAGCUGUUGCAGCCCCACGCGCUGUAGUCCUAGCAGCUUUAGUUCCAGCUGCUGUAGACCUACCUGCUGCAUCUCCAGCUGCUGCCGCCCCUCCUUCUGUGGUUCUAGCAGCUGUGACUCCAGCUGUUGCCGUCCUUCCUGCUGUGGCUCCAGCUGCUGCCACACCUCCUGCUGCUUCCGCCCUAGCUGUUGCAUUGAGACCUGCUGCCAGCCCAGCUGCUGUCAGACCACCUGCUGCAGGCCCACCUGCUGCCGCCCCAGCUGUUGCAUCUCCAGCUGCUGCCGCCCCUCCUGCUCUAGUUCCAGCUGCUGUGGCUCCAGCUGCUGCCGCCCCAGCUGCUGUGUGUCCAGCUGCUGCAGGCCCCAGUGCUGCCAGUCUGUGUGCUGCCAGCCCACCUGCUGCCGCCCCAGCUGUUGCACGUCCAGCUGCUGCCGCCCCUCCUGCUGUGGUUCUAGCAGCUGUGGCUCCAGCUGUUGCCGUCCUUCCUGCUGUGGCUCCAGCUGCUGCCGCACCUCCUGCUGCUUCCGCCCUGUCUGUGGCCAAGUCUCCUGCCACACCACCUGCUAUCGCCCAACCUGUGUCAUCUCCACCUGCCCCCGCCCCAUGUGCUGUGCCUCCUCUUGCUGCUGA